UAAUAAUAAAAAAAAAAAGAUAAAUUUCUCUGUUAUGUGGGAAAACUCCAUCCGCUAGCGUGCGUCUCGCUCCGCUCGGCGUGCUCAGGCCGCGAUUGGGAAGAAGGCUACAGUUCAAUUUCGUGGAUCGUGCGAGAAAACCGUAUAUUUAUAUAUAGGAUGCGAGAUCGCCGCGAAAUGUCUGGCUCGUCACGCGUUCCUCGUAUCCACGGCGCCCCGGUUGUCUGACGUGACGACGAGCUCUAUCCCUCUCGGAUUCUAUUCUACGAGUCUUCCCCUCUCUCCUCUUCGCGAAUGCCGCGUUGAAUCCAGAAUCAGGCUUCUCUUUCCCUCUCCGUAAGGUUUCGCAAAACACAGACAUACCAGACCAGAAAAGACUGAUGCCACGCUCACAACUCGCCGAGGUUUCCCGGUGUUGAUUCCGACAGGUUUGACGACGCGGCAACCUACUCCUUAGAAUGGAGCCAAAUUCUAAAGUUCCUUUGCCGUUAGAACCUAUAAAAUCCAACCAGGUUGAAGACAGACGUCUGUGGGUGGGCAAUUUAGAUUUAAGAAUUAAUGAGUACCAACUCCUGAAACUCGUCCAAAAAUACGGCACAAUCGAAAAGUUUGACUUGCUGUUUCACCGAUCGGGACCUCAAGCUGGUCAACCAAGGGGAUAUGCGUUUGUUACUUACACAGCUAUUCAAGAUGCUAGAAGGGCGAAAGAUGCUUUACAUAACUUGAAAGUGGGAGCUAAGAACAUUAUUGUCAGAUGGGCACACAGUGUCACAGAGUCGGACAUGGAUAAACCAAAGCCAAAGAUAGAUAUUCCUGCUUUAGCUGGUGCAAAAAAGGAAGAUAAAAAGAUAAGUCGUGAAACAGCAAUUCAAGCGAUCGAAGCAAAACUCAAGCUGAUGAAAGAAUCGGAAGAAGAAUUUGAGUUGAACAAACCGCUGGAAGGGUCGCCGAUUGUACACCUCUAUCAAAAAGCGGAGAAUCAAAAACCGUCCACCUCUACGCGUUACCACAACCGUGGGAGCUACUACCAUCACAACAAGCCAUACAGUCGCCACAAAUCGAGAAGAUAAUUUUUGUGUAUAUCAUAUAUUUUUUCUAUCUCAUAUAUUCAUUUAUCAAUUAACUGUUCAUUAUCACAUUUGUUUCAUGAUGAUAUUUAUAUUAUUUAUAACGCAACCUCUAUAUUUAAUACCAUUUAUUAAAGAUAUUUUAUCCUCGUGUAUAAAGAAAAACAUUUUGUACAUAUUUUGAUGUUGCGAUAUUUGUCCGAGCAAUUCGCUUGCAGACAAGCAGACGUAUUGAUUUCCAGAUAAAAGAGGAAAUACAAGAAGUAUAGUUACACGAAUAUUUUUUACCGUUCGUGAUAUAAUACUCUCGAUACGCACGUAUCAAUAUACGUGUAUUUUCGUAAUAUAUGAUAAGAUGGUACAAUUUUGAACCCUUGUUCUAUGAAUAUAUAUAUAUGUAUAUGUGUAUAUAUAUAUAUAUAUAUAUAUAUAUAUAUAUAAAUAAAAAAUUUCUCUUUUUAUUUCUCAAUUUGUUUCGUUUGUCAACAGAAAAAUGUAAUGUGAUAAUAGUCUAUAUGAAUUAUCAUUUACUAAUUCCGCUUAUGAAAUAAGCGUAGCGAAAAAACCAAUCAACAUUGCGAAAAAAACGGUAAUACAUUUUGAGAGAAUAAAAAAGAGACCAUUUCGAACAUGCAGAUAUUUAAAUAUUACGAAUGUAAACAUAAAUAUAAUUUCAGCUAAUAAUAAUAUUAACGAACACAAAGGUGCACUUUCACAAAUCAUUCAAAUCGAUCAUUCAAGCGACAAAAAUCAAGUAAUUUUGUUGCUGAAAAGUAUUUUUUCCAGUACUUUUAUCUAGUGACAAAACUCUUGCCAUGAAAAAGAGUUAACAGCAAUGAAUUUGACAUUUGAGCGAUAAAUUUCGCAAUUUGUAUUUUUCAUGUAUUGCUUACAGUAUUAAUAUGUUUUAUUAUUAUUUAUUUAACUAGUUUUUUUUAUUGGGUGACAUCUGAUAGCCCACAUUGCUGACAACACAUUAACAACACAUGGCAUAGUAGCAUUGUCAAUAGCGUUUUAUAACGUUCAAGUGUCAAACUCUUAUAAUUGAAGCUGUUUAAACUAUAAAAUUUCAGCUGUUGGAAUAAGAGCGACAAAUCUGUUGCUUGUUUUAACACCAUGUGAAAUUGCAUCUUAAGAGAUUUAAAAGUCUCUUGGAUCUCAUCAUUAAUGCGUUUUGUAAACAUUGUAAUUUAUUUCAUCAACCCCUCUUAUAAAAUAAACCUCUUAUAUUUUAGCAUUAAAUAUUAUUACUAAAUACUAUUUGAUAUUAUACUUGUGUUCAGAUUCGUACAUAAACAUUUGAACAUCUGUAUGUUUGAAAUUGUACCAUCAAACAAAAAAACUUUUCAGUUUGAAAAGAACAGCUCUCCAACUUUUUUAUGCAGGGAGACUAAUAAGCAAAUGACUGUUGACAUCACACAGAAAUCAGAUUUCUAAAAUUAGAAUUACGGAAAUUUUAUUCAAUAUUAUACCAUCUUAUCCAGAGAUCUUUUUUUAUAGCGAGCGCAUACAUGACAUGCUUUGAAAUAAAAUGCGAAAGUUACUUCCACCGUUCGUACUUUUGGAUAAGAGUAUACACGCCACUUACACACUCACACACAUAUACACGUUUAUACAUGUAACAUGUACAAUUAUAAUACAAUUGUAACAAGAAUUUUUAA